AUGGGUAUCAGGAGGUAUGGCAUAGGGGUGGUUGGAUGGGGGUGCCUGCGAGCAGGCCUUGCUAUGGCAGAUGGGUCCCCCUGCGGUAUCCUGCAGGGUGUUGUGCCACCCUACGGGAAGCCACCAGCUCCAGACGAGGAGCAAAACUCACACUCCAGCUGUCUGUACUGCCCUGCAGACGGACGAACCUGGGUGCUCUUUCAAGACAGAUGUUACCAUUUUGUCCAUGGAGAAGAAGAGAAAAUCAAAAGCUAUACUUUCGAGAGAGCAAAAACCCUCUGCCAAGGCUUUGAACUUCUGACCAUACAGAGCGCUGAGGAGAAUGACUUUGUCAUUAAAUAUAGCCCAGAGGUGUGGAAAGGCAAUGUCAACGUGUGGCUGGGAAUGUAUUAUGACACAAAUAGCGAAGACAUGAGGUGGUUUGGCGAGGACCCCGUGAGGUACACUAACUGGGAGGACAGCUCAUCUCCAUCAGACCUGGUGCCAUUGGACACAUGUGUGGCUCUGCACAGCAACACCGGAAAGUGGGAAAAUGUCAGCUGCCUGGAUGAUGUGGAGAACGGAGUGAUCUGUGAAACAGUUCAGAAGGCAGAGGAAGCCAAGCGGAAACCCAGCGCGCUGUUGUCCACCCUGGUCAUUCUCAGCGUGGUGGCUAUCAUGGGAGUCUCGGCAGUGAUUUGGUUCCUGCACCAGAAGCACAAUCUUGGCUCCACUAUCCUCACAGCGUUCGAGUACCACCCUCCGUUCCGAGUCCUGGACGCAGACCAGUCCUGCCUGGUGGAGGCUGAGGAGACUGACAGUGCCCCAUAG